AUGGGGGUUCAUGGCACCGCAAUCUUUUUCCGAAGGCUCGUAUUCCUACCCCAGCUCCACUUUCGAAGCAACUACUCGAAAAUAUGCCCCCCCCUUGAUCUUGCGUCGUCGCGUUGCCUCACAAUCAUCGAACUCCUGGAGAAGAUACUCCUAGAAUUGCCCAUCCCAGAUAUUCUUCACUGCCAGAGCGUGUGCCAGCUUUGGAAGGACGUCAUUGCAGAAUCUCUCCCCCUACAGCGAGCCUUGUGGAUAGCAGCACCAGCCUCUGGAGUACUUGACGUCUGCCAGGCUGUUACCCGCGUCGAAUGCUACAAGCCCACUCCCCACGGCCUUCUCAUUAACCCCCCGGGGCUUUGGUUUAACCUGCCAUCUGUGCUUUUAGAACACAGCCCCAUGGUUCCCGGCAAACAAGGCGAAGAGAAGUGCGGUUUCGAGCUAGAGAUGUUCCCUGGGGGGCCGCAGAUACGGUACAGCCAAGAAAUUCACCUCUUUCCUCCACGUUGCCUCCAGUUGGACCAGUCCUGGGCAAACAUGUUUCUUACGAACCCCCCCCCCAUCAACACUGUUGCUCUUUUCUACGCAGAAGGGUUCGAUUUCGGGAUAACGGGACACGUGCGCGUCUUUGCCCCCGACGAAAAUGGAUGUUUUCACGCCGAACGUCGCGAAACUCGCGGCCGCUGCUCAAAACGCGUAAUAGGUCGCGUAGAGACAAUCGUCAGUCCAGGCGGCGUCAAGAUUGGCCACGUCGUUAAGGCUGUCUUCGAGACGUAUCCGGAGCUGGCCGGCUAUCACCAUAUCAGCUGCAUGGCGAGGCUCUGGUGAGAAAUUCGAGCGGUCCAUGAACUCUAAGCGGUGUUUCUUCAUACAAAUACGACAUUCAGCUGGGGUGUCAGUCUGUUUUCCAUGAGAGGAAAAUUCGGAGGAUUACACUUUGAU